AUGUCGCAUUCAACAUAUCAACAACGAGACUUUGCCACUGUCAAGGCCAACUGGCUAGCCGAAGAACUUUCUGACGGCAGAAUUAGUUGGACAGACUACCUAAGCCGAACUGUGCCUGUAAUGGUAGGCGUUCAAUCGCAAGGCAAGACGGUAGAGUGCCUUCCGGUGGUCAUCGCCUUGUCAGAGUUCUUCGAAGUUUUUGCGCACGAUCUCAAAAACAUGUUUCUCAGCGACUCCAAUGACACCGAUGUACAGCACGAGCAGGCGAUCCUAAAGGUAAAAUGGGGCGGAUCCGGAUCUCAGCAAUUCGACGGCUACGACACAAUGCUGCUGAGCAGCAAGAAUUUAGAGCCGACGAUACGUCUCUUGAAGCAGAGACACGGGAACGACAUGAUCUUGUUGGAGCUAAAUGGCUGGUAUUCUGCUGGUCAGGUCGAUCCAAUUGGCGGUCAGAUUGUUUUGAGACGUGAGGGUAGAAAGAAGCAAGGGGGGCGGAUAGCCCCAGAAGGUGAGAGUGGAGAGAAGCGGAAUAGUGGGAGUCACAGCGACGUGUCGAUGGAAGGGACUUCACCACCUAAGGACGUUCCGACCGGACUCGGGGAUUCAACAAAGUGCCGGUCGAAGCCGUGA